GCAUUACCAGAUUCAUUCGUUGGCGAUUGUCUCCUUUGUUGGACUCUGAUUUGCAAGCUAAUUUUUCUCUAGGAAAGAACACUGAGAUCAAAUACAGCAAAGUGGAGCACCUCACUUUGACUUCCAAGAGAUUAAUCACAAUUGAAAAUGGGCUCAAUCUUCAGAAGUGAAGAAAUGUGCUUGAUUCAACUUUUCGUUCAGGCAGAGACAGCAUACUGUUGUGUUAAUGAACUGGGAGAAUUAGGACUUGUACAAUUCAGAGAUCUGAAUCCAGGAAUCAUUGCUUUCCAGAGGAAAUUUGUGAAUGAGGUCAGACGAUGUGAGGAAAUGGAAAGAAUUCUACGCUUUUUGGAAAAAGAAAUUACAAAAGCUAACAUUCCAAUCAUUGAAAGUGCGGAAAAUGAUAAGGCCCCUUGCCCAAGGGAUGUAAUUGAAUUGGAGGCUGCUUUCGAAAAGCUAGAAAAAGAGUUGAAAGAGAUCAACACGAACCAAGAAGCUUUGAAAAAUAAUUGCCUAGAGCUGACAGAGCUAAAAUUCCUUCUUCAGAUCACUGAAGAUUUCUUUGAAGAGGCAGAAUCCCAGUUGUCAGGUUCUGAGCUCCCAUCUGAAGAGUCCGUCUCUAUAACAGGAUUUUCAAGGAGGCUCAGCUGUACUAGUGGAGGAGGACGUCUGAAACUGGGUUUUGUGGCUGGAGUGAUCCAACGAGAACGGUUUUCUGCUUUUGAAAGAUUAUUGUGGAGGCUAUGCCAUGGAAACAUUGUCUUACGCCAUGUAGAAAUCAAUGUUCCAGCAGAGGACUGUAUGGCUGAUGAGUUCAUCAGUAAAGAUGUGUUCAUCGUUUUCUUCCAAGGAGAACAGUUUAAAAGCAAAGUGAUGAAGAUAUGUGAUGGAUUCCAUGCCACAGUAUAUCCUUGCCCAGAAACAUUACAUGAAAGAAUGGAAAUGAGUAUUGGUGUAAACAUGCAAAUUGAGGAUCUACAUACGAUACUCGACCAGACGGAAAAGUACCGUCGGAAUUUGCUGCUGUCUGCUGCUAAGGAUGUUCACAAGUGGAAUGUUAAAGUCAAGAAGAUGAAGGCAAUAUAUUAUACGCUGAAUCUGUGUAACAUAGAUAUCACCCAGAAAUGUUUGAUAGCAGAAAUCUGGUGUCCUGUUACAGACCUGAAAAAGGUCCACUGUACAUUAACAGAAGAAUCAAUUCGGAAUGGUUCCACCAUGCCUCCUAUUUUGAACAGGAUAGAGACAAACCAGACUCCUCCAACAUUUAAUAAGACAAACACAUUUACUGUGGGAUUUCAGAACAUUGUUGACGCAUAUGGAGUAGGAAACUAUCAAGAGGUCAAUCCAGCACCUUAUAGCAUCAUCACGUUCCCUUUCAUUUUCGCUAUCAUGUUUGGUGACUGUGGGCAUGGGCUAAUUAUGGCAAUAAUGGCUGCAGGGAUGAUCUUGUAUGAAAAACACCACAAAAACAUAGAGAUGAAUAAUGAGAUUCUGACCAUUUUGUGUCACGGUCGUUACAUUAUUCUGUUAAUGGGACUCUUUUCAAUUUACACUGGUCUCAUAUACAAUGACUGCUUCUCAAAAACGUUCAACCUCUUUGGAUCAGCCUGGAAUGUCACAGCUAUGUUCCAGCCAAAUGGACCUUGGAGUAAUGAAACUUUACAGAAUUCAUCUGUACUCCAAUUGAAUCCUGCAGUGCUAGGAGUGUUUUCAGGAAAACCCUAUCCCUUUGGCAUCGAUCCAAUAUGGAACAUUGCUGUAAAUAAGCUAACAUUCAUGAAUUCCUACAAGAUGAAAAUGUCAGUCAUUCUGGGGGUCUUUCACAUGCUUUUCGGAGUCACACUAAGUUUAUUGAAUCACGUUUACUUUAAGGAACUUACCAACAUUUUCCUGGAGUUUAUCCCAGAGGUCAUUUUCCUGACUGCCCUAUUUGGCUACUUAGUCUUCUUGAUAAUCUUCAAAUGGUGUGUCUUCACGGUGUCUGAGUCUGAAAUAGCACCCAGCAUCCUUGUUCACUUCAUUAACAUGUUAAUGUUCAACUACAGUGGUCCAGCAAUGACACCAUUCUACUGCAAGCAGAGGAGCAUCCAGACAUUUUUAGUUCUCAUUGCUCUGCUCGCGGUUCCGUGGAUGCUCCUUAUUAAGCCCUAUCUGCUCUACAGUGACCACCAAAGAACUAAACAUGUGGUACAUCUUUGUGACAACUCAAAGGUUUCCAUCUUCCAGUCUGAGCACACUGAGGCAGAAAUUAAAGGAGGAGGAGACAAGAACCACUGGGAGGAAGAAAAGUUCAGCUUUGGUGAUACCUUUGUACAACAAGCUAUCCAUACUAUUGAGUACUGCCUGGGUUGUGUCUCAAACACUGCUUCGUACCUUCGUUUAUGGGCCUUAAGCUUGGCUCAUGCUGAACUUUCUGAGGUGUUGUGGCACAUGGUGUUGCACAAUGGCUUCACUGCAAGUAAAGGCUUAAGCUCUAUUGGACUCACAAUCACCUUUGCUGCUUUUGCCAUCCUCAGUGUGGCCAUUCUACUCAUCAUGGAAGGUCUUUCUGCAUUUCUGCAUGCUCUGCGUCUACACUGGGUGGAAUUUCAAAACAAAUUUUACAAAGGAGCAGGUUAUAAAUUCAUCCCCUUCUCAUUUACAGACAUAUGUAAAAGAUAACUUAGCAAUUAAUAUAUUGUAUGACAAAUGCUUUUUGUUCUGUAGGAUCGCUUUAGAAAUAACAAAUUCUAUCAAACUAAACCUAUUAUUUAUUAAUAGUGCAUAAUUCAUCAGAUGCUUUAUGAAUAAACCAUGUAGAUUUGUCUCAGUAGAAAAUGUAAUGCAGACAAAUGUUUUGAAAUGUUAACACUCAGAAACAUGUUUUAUUGUGAUUCUCACCAAUGUGUCUGUAUCCUGUGCAAUAAUGCAAGCAUACUUAUUGCGACGUCAACCAAUGUGAUGAGCUUAAUGAAUUGUCGAGUUAUUAUUUGGAAACAGCUCUCCAUUGUCACAGAUUUUUAUGGUAUACUGGCAUUCUGUUUCUAUGUAGUAGCAGGAGAGUUACCUGAACAAGUUUUGUAUUUCUAAAGGUUUUCCAUGUCCAAGAAACACUUGAAUGUGCAAACACAGAGUAAGGCAGGCUAAAAGGGGCUGUGAAACAUCAUUGGCCAGCAGGGCUGAAGAGAAUCCAAAGGCAUUUUAUACAUAUACUAGCAGCAAGCAGGUAGUUAGGGAAAGAGUAGGCCCACUCAAGAAUAAAGGAGAGAGGUGAUGUGAGGUACCUAAGAAGUGGGUGAGAUCCUUACUGAAUACUCACAUCAGUAUUCACCAAAGAGAGGGAAGUGAGGCAUGUUGAGAUGAGGGAAAGGUAUACAAAUACUCUUUGGCAGGUCAACAUAAUCAAGGAGUAAGUUUUGGGUGUUUUGAAAUACAUUAAGAUAGAUAAGUCCCUAGGGCUAGAUGGGAUCUAUCCCAGGAUUCUGUGGGAGGCAAGAAGGAAAUAGCUGGGGCCAUAACAGAUAUCUUUGCAUCCUCUUUGGACUCGGGCAAGGUUCCAGAGGACCGGAGAAUGGCCAAUGUUGUUCCUUUGUUUAAAAGGGAAACAGAGAUAAUGCAGGUAAUUACAAGCCGAUGAGCCUGAUGUCAGUGUGGGGAAGCUGACAGACAGGGUUUAUUCACAUUUGGAAGUGAAUGGAUUUGUUCGUGAUAAGCAGCAUGGGUUUGUAUGGGGAAGGUCAUGUCUCAGCAGCUUGAUUAAAUUUUUUAAGGAAGUGACAAGAACAUUUGAUGAGAGAAGGGUUCAUAAGGUACCUCAUGGCAGGCUGGUGCAAAAGGUAGAGUCUCAUGGGAUCCAAGGUGAGCUGGCUAAAUAGGUACAAAACUGGCUUGGUCAUGGAAGGCAGGGAGUGGCAAUGGAAGGUGCUUUUCGGAAUGGAGAUCAGUAACUAGUGGUGUUCGAAGGCCUUUGUUGUUUGUAAUAUAUAUAUAUAUAUAUAUAUAUAUAAAAGAUCUGGAGGAAAAUGUAGGUGGCCUGAUUAGUAAGUUUGUGGAUGACACCAAAAUUGGCAAAGUUGCAGAUAGUGAGGACGAUUGUCAAAGGGUGCAGCAGGAUAUAGACUGAUGGCAGAUUUAGGAAAGAAAUGGCAGAUGGAGUUUAAUCUGGACAAAUGUAAGGUGAUAUAUUUUGAAAGAUCAAAUUCAGGUCACCACAUUAGCAGAAGGUCAUGUUUGUUUUAUAGAGGGUGGAGAGAAGGUUUACCAGGAUGUUGCCUGGUCUGGAGAGUUUUAGUUAUGGAAGUUUGGAUGAACACAGAUUUUUUUACUAGAGAGAUGGAGCCUCUGGAUAGUCAGGCUCUAUCCCAGGUGGAAAAGUCAAACAUAAGACAGCACAGAUUCAAGGUGAGAGAGGGAAAGUUUAGGGGAGAUGUAUGAGAAAAACCUUUCACACAGAAGGUGGUGGGUGCCUGGAAUGCACUGCCAGUGGAGGUGUGGAAGCAGGCACAUUAGCAACAUUUAAGGUGUAUCUUGAUAGACAUAUGAACACGAGGCAAACAGAGCGAUUGACAUUGUGCCUGGGCAAUAAGUAGUGGCUCUAAAUAAGAAAUAGGAAUUGGCACAGGAUUGGUGCCAACACAUCCUAUGCUGUAUUGAUUGUAUUGUUAUUGUAUUGUUUUACACAGAAUUAUACAUUUAUCCAACUGUUAUGAUCCCAGAUAAUGUUAUCAUUGGAUAAGUCAGAUCCCAGAUGGAAAUCUGGUUCGAUAGAUCGUAUUCUUUAAAAUAUAUUUUCAAAAGCUAUGGGCUUUUGCUGAAAUGUAAGUGUGUG